AUGGAGUGGUGGUGGCGGUGUUGGUGUGGUGUUGGUGGCGGGAGUGUUGGUGGUGGCAACAGUGUUGGUGGUGAAGGGAGAUGGAGAGGGGGAGGGGAAGAAAAUAAGAGAGACAAAAAGGGAGAGUUUUUAGUUUGUGAAGCUUUAAAAUUAGUCGACGAACAUGAGCUUGCGAGAUGUAAAAUUUUUACUUUAAAUAAUACUAUAGAUAAAAACUCAUUUUUUUUAUUAUUUUUUCUAUUGCCUAUCAACCUAUCAAUAUAUGAUUCCUCCAGGAAAAUCUGCCGCAAUUUGCAAACACACCCCGGCGCCGCAAACGAACCUCUAGCACACUUGUUUCUCCACAGCAUAGGAGCCAUGGAGGCGCAAAGCAAUGUCGAUGAAGCGCCGAAACAGAGGACUAAACACAAGGGUAAACACGACAAAGAUAAGCCAUGGGAUGACCCCAGUAUCGACCAUUGGAAAGUUGAAAAAUUCGACCCUUCUUGGAAUGAAACUGGCAUGCUCGAAGUCAGCUCCUUCUCUACCAUUUUCCCCCAAUAUCGAGAAAAAUAUUUGCAAGAUGUUUGGCCAACUGCGAAGGCUGCUUUGCGUGAGCAUGGUAUUGCAUGUGAGCUUAAUUUGGUUGAAGGAACUAUGACUGUUUCAACAACUAGGAAGACUAGAGAUCCAUACAUUAUAGUGAAAUCAAGGGACCUCAUUAAACUUUUAUCAAGAAGCGUUCUUGCACCUCAGGCAAUCAAGAUAUUGGAUGAUGAAAUGCAAUGUGACAUAAUCAAGAUUGGUAAUUUAGUGAGAAACAAGGCGCGCUUUGUCAAACGGCGGCAACAUCUUCUUGGUUCUAACAAUUCUACUUUGAAGGCACUUGAAAUCUUGACAGGCUGCUACAUCCUUGUUCAGGGAAACACAGUAGCAUCUAUGGGAUCUUUUAAAGGAUUGAAACAAGUCAGAAGAAUUGUAGAAGACUGCAUACAGAACAAAAUGCAUCCAAUAUAUCAUAUCAAGAUUCUCAUGAUGAAGAAGGAACUCGCCAAGGAUCCCACCCUUGAAAACGAGAAUUGGGAUAGGUUUCUGCCGCAGUUGAAAAAGAAGAAUGUUCAGAAGAAGAAAGGUAAGGGUAAGGAGAAGAAACCGUAUACGCCAUUCCCCCCUCCACAACAGCCUAGCAAGAUUGACCAACAACUGGAGACUGGAGAGUACUUCUUGAGUGAGGAAAAGAAGUCGGCGAAGAAGUGGCAAGAAAAGGAAGUAAAACAGGCUGAGAAAUCAGCUGAAAACAAACGAAAAAGAGAGGCUGCCUUUAUUUCACCUGAGUCUGAGACUCUGAUCUUAGCACCUGUGAUGCAAGGCCAUAAGAGUUCAACAGAUGAUAAAACUGAUGUCAACGCCAUGGCACAGUCAUUGAAGCAAAAAGCAAAAGAAAUUGUGAAGCAGAAAAAUGUCAAGAAUCUGGAUCCUCAAGCUUAUAUAGCUGGUUCAGAAGCACCACCCUCAAAGAAAAAGAUGAAGAAGUCAAAAUCUUAACCGAUGAAUCUUGGACUUCUUGUCAUUGAUUGUCCAACAUACUGAACAUCAUUUCACUGAGUAGUCCAUGUUUGUCAAUUUUGAUCUCAGUGAGACUAACUUAAAGUGUGAACAUUAGAUUAGGUCAAUGUGGAUUUCGCAGUCCAAAAGUCCAACUCCAGUUUGUAAUCAAGAAAAAGAAAUCUUCCAUUCAAAAGCCAGCCAAAUGUCUUCACUUCACCGUAUUUUCUAAAUUUAUAGUAAACCUGGGUGUUUCAUCGUCCAAACACUUCUAUUCAUUUGAGAAUAUAAGGAGACACUUUUGCCUAAAUGAAUAAAUUUUUGUACUCAAUUUCUCAGAUGAGCUCAAGUUUUUGCUUAUUUUGAAA